AUGGCCUCCGCGCUGGAGGAAUGCGUGGGGCUGAUCAAGGCGUGCCGGAGCGCGGCCGAGCUGAGAAUCAUCCAUCCCCGGGUGAUCUCUGUGGCGGAAUCGCUGCGAUCAUCUAGCGUCUACCUCUGCAAUCUUUUGGUCGAGAAAUAUGGGAGCUGCGGAUGCCUGGAGGAGGCCAAGGCGGUGUUCUUCGCAACCCCAGGCAAGAACGAUUUCUCCUGGCGUCUCGUGAUCCUGGCAUGCAUCCGCAACAGAUCCCUGGCCGACGCCGCGCGAUUCUUCGAGCAGAUGCCGGAGCCGGAUGUGGUGGCGUGCACGGCCAUGAUCGGCGCCUUCUCCGAGAGCGGCAAUCUUCCCCAGGCCAAGGCGGCGUUUGACAGGAUGCCAAGCCCCAAUUCCAUCUCCUGGAAUGCGAUGUGCAGCGCCUUCGCCAAGCACGGCCUUCUCGAUUCCGCCAAGGCCAUCUUCGACAGGAUGCCGGAUCCGGAUAUCAUCUCCUGGAACGCCAUGAUCGCGGCAUUUGCCCAAAGCGGCGAUCUCUCUCGUGCCAAGAACGUGUUCUACGCAAUGCCGAUGCACAAUCUCGUCACCUGGAACGCGAUGCUGGGGAUUUUCGCGCAAAAUGGGCUGCUCGAGGAUGCCCAGAGGGUGUUCUCCUGGAUGCCAGAGCGGGACGUUGUCUCGUGGACGACGCUCUUGGGGGCAUUCUCCGAGGCUGGAAGCUUGGAAGACGCGGUGUUCUUGUUCGAUCGAAUGCCCUUCCAGGACGUCGUCUCGUGGACGACGAUGCUGGGGGCCUAUGCAGCGGCGGGAUUGAUCGAGAAAGCCAGGAGCUUGUUCGAUGCUAUGCCCGUCCAGGACAUCGCUGCCAGGAACGCAAUGCUCCUGGGCUAUGCCCAGAAUGGUUUGGUGGAGCAAGCACAGGAGAUCUUCGACCAGAUGCCGUGGAGGAACCUCGUCUCGUGGAACACUCUUCUCGGCUGCUACGCCCAGAACGGGCAUCUGGAGAAGACCAAGGAGGUGUUCGACAGGAUGGAAGCCAGGAACUUGAUAUCGUGGAACUCGAUGCUGAGAGCGUUCGCAGAGCAGGGACUCUUGGAACAGGCCAGGGAGAUCUUCGACGCGAUGCCCUCGCAGAACUUGGUGUCAUGGAACACGAUGCUGCUCGCCUUUGGCCAGAACGGGCAACCGGAGGAAGCAAAAGCUCUCUUUGAUCGGAUAGGAGUGAGGGACGUCGUGUCCUGGACUGCAAUGCUCGCGGCGCUGGCGUCGACUGGGAGUCUGGAGGAGUGCCGGAGCUUGUUCUUCGUGAUGCCUCUCCGGGACGAGAUCUCCUGGACGACCAUGCUGGGAGUGCUCGCUCACAACGGGCAUAUGGACGAAGCGAGCUCUCUCUUCGCCGAGAUGCCGCUCCAGGACGACGUCUCAUGGACCGCUCUUCUCGUGGCAUUCGCUCGCAACGGGCACGUCGAUCGAGCUCUCGAGAUCUUCCGAGCGAUGCAAGUGGAAGGCAUGACACUGGACAAGAUCUGCUUCAUAUGCAUCCUCCUGGGAUUCAGCCACGCCGGAAGCUUGGAGAAAGCCUACGCUUGCUUCGAAUCCAUGGUGGUAGAUCACGGCGUGAAACCCAGCAAGGAUCACUUCAGCUGCAUGAUCGACAUACUUGGCCGAGUCGGGAAGCUCGGAGACGCGGAAGAACUGGUUGGGAGUAUGCCGUUCGUGCCGGAUGCUACAGCGUUCCUCGCGUCGUGUGGGAUUCACAGCGACUUGGCGAGGGCUCCUGGUGCUGUCCAGGAACUUUUCCGUGGAAGUCCCACGAACACUGCUGGAUACGUGUUGCUGGCCAACAUGUAUACGAAGUAA